CGAAAAAUACUCCACAGAUGAAACUACUAGGAAGAUGGUAGCGGAUUUGAAGAAAACAACAGCAAAAGAGGCAGUAGCUCAAAUUCAAGUACAUUUUCUGAAGCAUAUGCAGAAAUCGCGUAAGGAUUAUUGCAAGGACAUCAAGACGUUUAAGAAGUUAAGCCCGUUUAUGGACAGAUGUACUGAACUGAGCUGGUUCAUGAUCAAUCAAACUCCACCCAUCUGUCUGGAUGAAACAAUACGGCAACCUGGGGACGAUUUCGACAGGGAUGCUUAUCGGUUCUACAAACACCACGGAACGAAGCUGGACUAUAUAGUGUGGCCUGCGCUUUAUAUGGCCUCGAAAGAGGGCUAUAUUUUCGUACAGGGAAUAGCUCAGGCGAAGCAAGAGGGCGUUGCUUUGCGCAUCGCAUCAUCAUUGUCACAGUCGUCUUCCAAACAUUCAAUGUAUUAAUAACAGCAAAUGAAAAAAGUUAAUUUUUUAUGCCUUGAAUAUGUCCGAAAAUCAUGUUUAGGACAUCCUUACAACACAAUAUGACACAAUACAGAUACUGGACGGAAUCAAAUUAAUGAAUAAAAUA